AUGCUUUACGUAUUCCAUGUGGAUGCUGGUCAAAUGACCACUUAUGACAUGAAUCUGACCUUACAAAGUGUUGGAAGUUUAAAAGCAGCAAUUGAAAGAAAAGCUAAGAUUCCUGCAUCAUCCCUUGUGCUUUUAGUGAGUGGGGGAGAAGUCUUACAAUCAGAUCAUAUGGUAUCUUCUUACAGUGCCGGUACAGACACAAACCCUAUAUAUAUGUUCAGCAAGCCAUCAGUUAAGGAAAGUCAUUUGCAGCAAUCUAUGUGUGACCUAAGCCCAAUUGUGGAAUUGAGCACUGGAGAGUUUCGAAGUGAUAGUCGCAGUGCGUUUGAUGGCAAAUCUGUAGCUGAAUUAGGAGCGGCUGUUGAGAAAUGUUGCAUGCUGCCACGCACCAUGGACACUGUGAUAGCUUGUGCAAAUUUAGCAAAGCAGUUCAGUGAUCUUGCACAUGAUGUCUACCGUGGCUGUGAUCAGUUAGUACAUGAACAACAUUUGCAACAUCAGGGCUGGGCAGCUGUUGUUGCUAAUUUGGAAGACAUAUUUAAUGAAUUCACUGAAAGGUCUAAGAGUUUCAAAGAGUCAUUUAGGAAACACAGACUAAAAAAGGAUGAAUACAAAGAGCAAUUGGAAAAGUUGAAUGAAGUCCUGGAGUCGUUGGGCAAGAUUCCAAUAUUGCCAGCACUUCAGUUAAAUGCAGAAGCUCAUCGCUUCUCUGCCUUCGAUGUGUUUGAAGAAACUGAUUUUGAAGGUCACCAUUAUGGAGUUAACCAGCCAUUAGGAAGCAGUUCUGAAAAUAGAACUGCAGAUUUUGGGGUUGGAGUAUUUAAACUAUCAGAGGAAGAUGUGUUUGACCAAAGAAACGCCUCGACUAGCAACGAAGGCGCAACUUCGUCCGAAGGUCACGCCAUCGAAGAGUCUGACGAAGGAGUAACCUUUAAGGCGCCGACCUGUGAGAAUAAGGACGAACCUACGCUUUUACAUUGGAUCCUAGCUCAAGGGAAUAAGGCGUCUUUACAGGACAUUAUUGAUUAUUGUCAGAAAGGUUUAGCUUUGAUUGACGCCGAACCCCUAAAGGAGCGUGAAGCAGAGCUAUAUCACAUAUUGGAAUAUGCGAAUAUGCGUGGGUUGAAGCAGAUCAAAGGUAUAGAGGACCGUCUGUACGGACUAGAUCAGUUACUAAAUGAUCUUAAGAAAACUGAACGAGACCAACAUAAUCAAGCAGCUUCCCUUAUUCAGUCACGUGAACGUCUCAACUCUGUUUGCGACUCGUCCGUGCUGCCAACGCUCGUAGAAUCUCAUUGGCGUCAGUUGGAGAAAUUGCUCAAAGGUCACCAAUACUUGGUCGAUAUAAGACGACGAAUUGCCAAGUCUAAGGAAGAACUGUCUCAUAUUUUAAAAGCUAGAUUGGAGGCGGUGCUGAUGAUCGAGAACUCGAUGUCGGUGCAGGACGCGCACGCGAUGCUGUCGUUCCAGUGCUUCAAGCGGCUGUCGCGGUACUUCGGCAUCGUGUCGCAGCUGCACCGCGCGCCGCGCGUGUACGUGCGCGCCGUGCACGAGUGCGCGCGGCGCAGGACUUUUUCGGAUGCACAUUUGAAGUGGGCAACAGAUCUAGCACAGAAGCUAUAUAAAAUCCACGAAGAGGAAGUAACAAGACGUCAAGAGUUCAACAACCAUUUUGAUGACCACUUCCUCAAAAGCCUGUUCCCCGGCAUGACGGACCUGCCGCCGCCCUUCGCGACGCAGGCGCCGCAGCCCUUCGACUUGAAGUUGCCGCAACUGACCAAUGAGGAUGUCGAACUCGUGACCACCUCCUUCCCCGACCUGGCCACUGAUGUGCCUAAAUACGAUAUGGACGUUAUUGUCAAGUUUUUUCAGCAAAGGCUAAGUGCAUCUGAACAUUAUGACAAAGAUGUAAACGUGCAAGUUGGUUUUGUAAAGGAUUUGGAAUCUGAUGUGGAUUUCGAGAAGCUCAGUAGACAGAGCGGGUGUAAGAAGAUCGACACGUCGACGACGUGCGCGCCCGACACCAGCGCCGCGGCCACGCUGACCGAGGUGCGAGUCCCUCCCGAGUUCCUCCACUCCGAGUUCUAUAUAGAAGAGUCCCUCCCGUCCAGCUUGGAAUGGGGCCGCGGACAGGAUAAUAUGGAUACUUAUAAAAUUAACAUCGAAAAGUUACAAGACUUCUUAGUUAAACUGUUUAGUGUGUGUAAAAUAAGUAUCGUUCUAAUAAAAGAAGAAUUAACGAAAUUAAAAAAUGAUAUAGAUGAGCAAAAGAAGUUUAUUCAUGAUGUAUAUAAAUCUGUUAGUGAAGCUUGGGAGAAGCACAACGAAGAGAUAGAUAUAAAAUUCCGUGAGCACACACAGAGAUUGACAGUAGACCAUGAAUUAGAAUUGAGUGAUAUGAAGGCAGCUCUUAAUGAAAAAGAUAAUAUUAUAUGUAAUUUAAAGAAAGUAACAGAAGAUUUGAAGGCAGCACAUCAGAAAGAGAUAGAGAUGCUUGGAAAAGAUCAUCAAAACACAAAAGAAACACUUGAAAAGACUCGAGAAGAGUUAAGAAUUUUAGAGAAGAAAAUGGAGGAAUCAGAUGUACAGAAUCAAAAAGAUAUCAAGGAAAUGCAAGAAAAGUUGCAUAAAGAAUAUAAGGCAGAAAUCGAUUCUUUGAGAUCUAGAUUCCGUCUGGUGGCUCUAACGAAUAUGGACAGAUCGCCGUCGGAAUCCAGUCUGGAGAAGAUCGAGCGUACAGAUGUAAUAGAGAUCAGUAACCACAAUGCUAUCGUGAUGCAGACUAAAGAGAAUGCGGAAAUGGAGAAGGAGGACGCGGUGAAGAACGCAGUGGAGAAGUGUCGCGCCGAGUGGGAGCUGAAGUUGAACGCUGAACUGACGCUUAUCAAAGCAAAGUAUGAAGCGGAGAAACAGGUAACAAUAAACGACGUGACACGUCGCCUCCUAUCCGAGAAGGACCGCCAGCUGGAGCUGCUGCGCGAGCGCGAGCAGGCGCUGAGCCGCGAGUGCACCAAGUACCGCGACACCAUACAGCAGCUCACUGACCCGGAGACCAAUGACUACGACAGCUUGUUGAAGACGCAGUUUGCUACUCUCGAAAAUGAGAAGGCAUUAUUGCAACAACAAGUAAUGGAGCUGAAGAAGGAACUCGAUAAGAAGAAUGAAGAGGCAGAUAGAAGUAGAGAAGAUGAUAGUGAUGGCAGGUCAUCGCCGAAGCGCGAAGAGUGCAGGCGUCGCGCGCGCUGCCACACGCCGCUGGGGCUGGCGGGCGGCGCGCUCAGCCUGUCCUCGUGCCUGCCCGGACACGCCGUGCUGCUGCUGUGGGACCCCGCGCACCUCAACUACACCGUCAUGCAGGAAGCAUCAAUAAUGUAUUUCGUGCACAGCGAUUGUCUCCCCGCACUCGAUCUAAGUAUACAAGUGAAGAACGAGAGUGAUCGUCGCCUCUACGCCAUCGCUACCGUCGAGUCCAAGGAGUAUUGCUAUGCCAAAAAGAGCGGCAAUCGUUUCCUGAUGCCGCGCGGCUCUCGCUUCUACCGCGUGCGAGUUAAGCCAUACAAGCCUCAUCUCCCGCACCCGUCCUGUUGCGACAAGCAACACAAACAGGAUAUGCAAAAGUCAGUAGACACGAGUCAAUCGACCAGUUCUAAUACAGAUGAAGCGAGUCGCGUGGAAGUGGCAACGGCGACCCUCAUUAAUCUGGAGUCGCCGGUGUCCGCGGGUGACCCCGUACCCACCGCCGACCCUUCAGGCCCCUCGGGGUCCACCGGUGACGCGGGCCUCUCAGGCCCCUCGGGCCCAGCGCCUGAAGAUCAGCUCGACUCUAUAGAGUCCAGUGACCAGUGGCACCCCGCGAGGAUGCAAGUAUCGACCGUCAGUGCUUUGACCGACAUGGAAUGCAGCGUGGGGCGGUGCCCGGGGCCGGAGCCCCUGGAGGUGGCGGAGGAGGCGGCGCCA